CUCAAUUAUAAUUCUUCUCUCUCUUCUUUCUCUCUCUUAAAAUGGCUAUCAACUUUUCCAUUCCAGCUUAUUUCGGAUACAUGCUUUCCAUAACCCGUCUCAAAUCCUUCAUACCCAAAUCCCUUUUUCCCGACGACGAUAUCACCGCCGUCGCCGCCAAUCUCCGCCACGACUCCGCCGCUCUCAAUUCCGCCGCUACUGAUUUCGGCCACAUGGUCACCGACCCACCGGCCGCUGUUCUCUUCCCAUCCUCUAUGAACGACAUAAUCAGUUUAAUCAAACUAGCCAACUCCCUUCCCGUUCCUUUCAACAUCGCCGCUAAGGGCUGCGGCCACUCUGUCCGCGGCCAGGCAAUGGCGCGAAAUGGCGUUGUUGUUGAGAUGGCUUCGUUGAAUAAUCCCACAAGAAUUUCUGUCUCCGGUAACGCCUCCGACGGUUUCUUUGCCGAUGUUGGUGGUGAGCAGAUGUGGAUUGAUGUGCUUAAUGCCACUCUUAAGCAUGGACUUGCACCCACGUCGUGGACCGAUUAUCUUUACCUCACCGUCGGCGGGACCUUGUCGAACGCUGGCAUUAGCGGCCAGACAUUCCGAUACGGCCCGCAGAUUAGCAACGUCGUCGAACUCGACGUCAUUACAGGGAAAGGAGAUCUUGUAAGCUGUUCAGCAGAAAGGAACUGGGAACUCUUCCAUUCAGUCCUGGGUGGUUUAGGCCAAUUUGGAAUCAUUAUUCGGGCUAGGAUUCCCUUAUUCCCAGCUCCAAACAGGGUUAAGUGGGUUAGAAUGCUGUACACCAAUUUCAGUGAGUUCACCGAAGAUCAAGAACGAUUGAUCUCAAUCAAUGGAAGCAAACAAAACGGUGCGUUGGACUACUUGGAGGGUUUACUUCUAAUGCAUGACGGUCCCCCAGACAAUUGGAGAUCCUCUUUUUUCCCUCCCUCUCAUCACUCCACAAUCAUCUCUUUAGUUAACCAACACUCCAUCAUAUACUGUCUAGAAGUUGCUAAAUAUUACGAUCAUACCUCUCGACACACCCUCGACAAGGAACUCGAUGAUUCGUUAAAUGGGUUACGCUUCUUAUCUGGAUAUAAGUUCGAGAAAGAUGUAUCGUAUGUUGAAUUCCUUAAUAGGGUUCGAAGCGGAGAGCUGAGCCUGAAGUCACAAGGGUUAUGGGACGUUCCUCAUCCGUGGCUAAAUCUCUUCGUUCCGAAAUCCCGUAUUGCCGAAUUCAACUCCGGGGUUUUUAAGGAUAUCGUUCUCAAACAGAAAAUGAACAACGGGCCGAUACUCGUGUACCCAAUGAAUAGGAGCAAGUGGGAUGAUAGAAUGACAGCGGUUAUACCCGAUGAAGAGGUUUUUUACACGAUAGGGUUCUUGAAUUCAAGUGGGUUUGAUAAUUGGGAAGCCAUGGAUGAGGUGAACAAGGAGAUAUUAAGGUUCUGCAACAGUGUGGAUAUGAAGAUCAAGCAGUAUCUUCCUCAUUACAGAACACAAGCCGAUUGGGCGAAUCAUUUUGGUCACAAAUGGAACAGGAUUCAGGACACCAAAAAACAAUUUGAUCCCAAUAUGAUUUUGUCUCCUGGACACAAAAUUUUUAAUUCUUGAAUAUUUUUAAUAAUUAAUAAAUUAUUAUUAUUA